UCUUCUCCAUCUUCAAUCUCUUCUUCUUCCCAAAUUUUAAAUUUUGAAAUUACCCCCUCCCAAUUUUCAACAUGAAUCCUUCCGGCUCCGACUUCUUUCCCGACGAUCUCCCGCCGAGUGACGCCGCGAUGUGGUUCUACCAAGAGUGGGACGAUCGACCGCCGAUCUACGAGACGCAACAAUCGGGGUACGCCGACCGAGAUUCGGUUCCGGAGACUCAACCGGAACCGUCCGGAUCGAAAAAAAGUACACGCCGGAAAAGCCACAAAGCCAAAAGCACGUUGACCGAGGCAGCACGGUCAAUCCAAAAGUGGUCCCCGGAGGAGGAGUGCAUAUUGUCGUCGGCUUGGGUUGACGUCUCCGAGCAUCCUAUCAUUGGUACGGAGCAAACGAAAGAUACGAUGUGGGAUCGUAUCGAGGAGAAGUUCUUCGCGGCGAUGAAGAAGGACGGCUCCUACCGAGCCCGGGACCAACUCACUUCCAAAUGGUGCCACAUCAACAAAAAAGUCCGAAAGUUUAUGGGAGUUUACGAGGAAUGCUCCCGAUCCCGGAGGAGCGGCACGAACGACCCCGAUGUUCUCCGGCUUGCCACGACCCGGUAUCAAGACGACGGGAACCAAGGCAAGGUGCCCAUCGAUCUUUGGAGGAUUUUGAGUCGUUCCUCGAAGUGGCAACAACUCAACAAUCCCGAUGGCAGAUCGUUCCGGAAAAGAUCCACCGUCGAUGCCGAGGUUGAGGUCGACGAGACUAUCAGUUUUACCGAUCAAAUCCCUCCCUUUAACGUUGCGGAUUCCGAUGACGAGGACCCCAUUCCACGGCUGAUCGGAAAAAAGAAUGCAAAAUCCAUUGCCUUUGGUUCGGGAGGGUCCGCCUCUGUUUCCGCUUCUCCCCGCGACGAAAUCGGCCGGGUAAUGAUUGAACAACUUCGGGCAUUCAAUCUCCAAGAACAAGAGAGGUUGAAGCUAAAUGAGCAGGAGACCGAGAUGAAAGUCAUGCAAACCGACCCCGCGACCAAAAAGUUUGAAACUUUUUUUUUUGCAAUGGGGGUUCCUUCAUUUUACAAAUGGCUAGUCAAGAAAUACCCAAAAAUAGUAGAAAAUGCAGUGGAAAUGGAAGGGGUUGAAGUUGAUUCAUCCUUGCCCAACCCAAAUGGACUUGAAUUCGAUAACUUUUAUCUGGACAUGAAUGGGAUUAUCCAUCCAUGUUUCCACCCGGAAGAAACCAUGUUUCCUCCAACUACGUACGAGGAAGUCUUCAACAGCAUCUUUGACUACAUCGAUCGGCUGUUUAACAUUGUACGGCCUCGAAAGCUGCUGUACAUGGCAGUAGAUGGUGUUGCGCCGCGGGCUAAAAUGAACCAACAGAGAGCCCGGCGGUUCCGGACAGCCAUGGAUAAGGAGAUCAUGGAGGAAGAGGAAAGGAAGUUAAGGCAGAAGUUUGCGAGUGAGGGUAAAGAGGUCCUAGCGAAAGAGGAAUCUGAAGUAUCAGAUUCGAAUGUUAUAACGCCGGGCACCUUUUUUAUGUAUGCACUUUCUGCAAAACUAAGAGGUUACAUCCAAGAAAGGAUCAGAUCAAAUCCUGGCUGGAAGGGUGUAAAGGUGAUUCUUUCUGAUUCUAAUGUUCCCGGUGAAGGGGAACACAAGAUAAACUCUUUCAUCCGUGCGCAACGUACUUUUCCAGAUUAUAAUCCUAACACUCAUCACUGCCUCUAUGGUUUGGAUGCUGACCUUAUUAUGUUGGCAUUAGCUUCACAUGAGCUUCACUUUUCAGUUUUCAGGGAGAAUGUUCUUAUUCAGGAUGACCUCUCGAAUCAAAUAUUAUCUCUUGAACUUGGUAUCCAGAAAGCUGAAACUCAUAUUAAAGAUGAUGCUGUUAAUGGACCUGCCAAAGCAAAGCACUGUCGCACUUCCAAGAAUAAAUUUCAGUUCCUCAAUGUUUGGGUGCUGAGGGAGUACCUAGAACUCGAUAUCUGCACUGGCCUUCUUGCAGGUUCUAAACAAGCUGAUUUAGAGAGAGUUAUCGAUGAUUUUGUUUUCAUGUGUUUCUUUGCUGGGAAUGAUUUUCUUCCUCAUAUGCCCACUCUUGAUAUCCAUGAGGGUGCUAUUGAUUUGCUCAUAUAUGUUUACAAGAAAGAGUUCAAGAAUCUCGGGGGAUAUUUGGUUGAUAUAGAAAGGGUUGAUGAUCCAAAAUGUGGUUUCAUAAAGCUGUCAAGAGUUGAAAGGUUCAUACUCUCUGUUGGCACGUACGAGGAGAAGAUAUUCAUGAAAAGAUUGGCGAUUAAAGAGAAGAAAAAUAGGCGGUUGGCAUUGGAAGCUAGAGAUGAUGAUGCGGAGAACGGUGACAUAGAAGACAAUGUGCCAUCAUUUGUUCCAAAUACUCAGGAGAAUGACAUCCCUUUGAUUCUUGAAAAUACUAAGGAGUUGAAGAGGAAGUUGAAGGAAAUAAUACGCCACAAUGCCGAUACGUUUAAGCAUGGGGUUAUUGCAGAAAAGGUAAAACUUGGUUCCCAUGGAUGGAGGGAGCGUUAUUACAUGCUAAAAUUCAACUUGGAAAGGAAUGCGGAUGUGGAAGAGACCAGAAAGGACGUGGUCCAACACUACACAGAAGGGUUACUUUGGGUCUUGUUAUAUUACUUUAAGGGCGUACCGUCAUGGGGAUGGUACUACCCGCAUCACUAUGGCCCGUUUGCCUCGGACAUGAAAGGAAUGGCUCAAACAAAGGUGAAAUUUAAGAUAGAAGAGCCCUUUAAACCUUUUGAUCAACUCAUGUCAGUCCUUCCUCCGGGGAGUGCCCAUGCACUCCCAGGAGCAUAUCAGAUGCUCAUGCUUGACGACAAGUCGACCAUAAUUGAUUUUUACCCAACCAAUUUUGAGACGGACCUCGAUGGUAAGAGAUUUAUGUGGCAAGGUGUAACAAAGCUUCCAUUCAUAGAGGAAAAGCGUCUUCUAUCCGAGACGAAUAAGCUUGGCGAAAGUCUCACGAAUCUUGACAAAGAGAGAAAUUCGGUGACUGCGGAGAAGCUGUUCAUGGAAAGAUCAUGUGAACUUGCUGUGCAAAUUCUGUCUUUGUUCACAAAAGGUUGUGGUUUAAACGAAAACGAUGCCAUUAAAUUUGGUCGUGCAUUAAGUGGGGGAAUUAGUGGCACAGUCUGGCUUAAAAAGGACGAAAAGGAGAAUCUGUCGAGCGACAUUCUGUGUGUCUUCUUUCGUACCUCUCCAAUCUCGUCGUUCAUUCCUAGAGUUUUAGCCGGUACCGAUUUUCCCCGAGAAAAGACUGUGCAUGAAUGUGAUAUUGAACAAACAGUUCUCUGGCAUGAAUUCAAUGCCAGACCAGCCAUUUCUUACAGCAACAGGCCACAUAAUCAAGGAAACAGAGGAAAGCCAUUAGCAAAUGGCAGUAUGGGAAAUCAUAGGAACUCUGUUCCUCAUGAGCUGGUUACGGGCGUGGGCCGUUUUAAAGAUGCGGGCACUGGAUGGUCCGGUCGUGGGAAGAUCAUGCCUCGGCCCGAGUUGCAGGCCCAUUACAGCUCUCCAAGAUUCGUUGCCCCUCAAAGACCGCGCUACAUGCAGCCAACGGCUCCACCCCGAAGCCAAUGGCAGAUGGGCCGGGCUGCGAUGUCUGUCCCGCCGCCCAAUCAGAUGGGCAGCGGGGUGAGGCCCAAUGUUGCCUCCCAUAGUGUUCGGCAACAAAACCCGUGGCGCGUGCCCGGACCGCCGCCACCGAGGAGCAGUGGAGAGAACCAGUGGCAGAUGGGAUGGCCCACAUUGUCUGCCCCACCGCCCAAUCAGGGUGGGGUCUGGUGCAAUGUUGCUCCUCGUAAUGUUCGACCACAGAACCCAUGGCGUGUGCCCGGACCGCCACCUGGAAGUAGUGGGUCGGGUAACGAAUGGCGUGGGUCGGGUUUUCGGCCCGCUGUUUCGAGCUCAGGGAGGGGGAGGGCUGGCUCGGGAAAUAAUAAUUUGCAACGAAAUACUAGAUAAGUUUCCCCAAGUUUUUUUUGGCAAUGUUCAUAGUUUUGCUUUUUGUUCUACGUAAAUUGCUAAUUUUGAUCAUCAAACGAGUCAAAUGUAUGUAUGUAAUGUGGAAUUUGGGAACAUCCGAAAUCUAGUACUGAUCUUUUGGGGGCAUGA